UCGAGUCGGGACUUUAUGGCCUACAAUCAAUCGAAUAAGUUGUGUAGAGUCGAAGAAAGCAACGGCCAGAAAGUGUUUAUAAGUGGACUGAUCGGGGGGCCACUUGCUAAAAUGUUGUCUCUGCUUCGCUUGCUGUUGGUGUGGACCAUUCUCGGCCAGGUCUUGGCUCUGGAUGAGCGGGAGUACGAUCCCCAGGUGGCCCCGCUUACAACCACUGGUAAUAGAUGGUGGCGCAGCUUUGCCAAUCAAGUGCGCCUUGCCUUCAGCCGCUGGCAGCCCAAGCCGAAAACGAGGACCAAACCGCUGGCAGAGCUCUUGACCAGUCCCACAGUUAAGACCAGAACUAGGAGCACCACAUCUCAGCCUGAUCAACAGUUCUAUGGAGCACUGAAUCCGGUUUACCAAAUGGGCAACUUUUAAA